UUCCGCUGCCUCGUGUGUUGGAGGGUGUGCUGUCCUCCCGUGUAAGCGGGACUGCAUCCUGUCUUGCCGGGUCAUUUGCAGCCAUGAAGCCGAGAAGACAUACCAAACGGGUCCCAAGCUUCCGCAAGUUGUUGAAAACAAGUAAAGUUAAACUUGAAAACAAAUUAAAAAACAGACAAUAUAAGCAACAGAGCACUGCUAAGAAAUACCGAAAAGAACAAAGGAAGCUCAGGCAAGCUGUCAAAGAUGCUGCAGCCAAGACACCAGUGCCUUUGGAGGUUUAUAAGAAAAAGCAUCCAGAAAAAGAAGAAGAAACGGCACUUCCUCUUGAUAUGAUGGAUGAAGAUGAUCUGCAACUAAUGGAGGAGCUGGCUCAAAAGGCAUCCUUUGUGACAAGAGAUUUGUCUUCCAGUGAGCCCGUUCAUGCCAAGAAACGGAAGCACGAGAGUGUGAUUGAGAAAUAUGAGAAAAUGCCCAGGCGCAUGCAGGCUGAACCUGAGAAAGAACUUAUCCAUCUGCUUCCCAUCAAAGACAAAUGUCGAAUUAUUCCACAGACCAUGGAAAAGCCAGUUCAGGAGGAGGAAGAGGAUGAAGAAAGUGAAGCAGAAGCAGCAGCAUUAGUGACACAAGCUGUUGAAGAACCUUUACCUGUGCUCACUACCGAAGAAUUGAUAGUCUAUAGGAGAAAAAAGCUGCAGGAGAAGAAGGUGCACAUAGCUGCCUUGGCAUCUGCUGUCUUGGCUGAUCCAGAAAAUAACAUAAAGAAGUUGAAGGAGCUGCGUUCCAUGUUGAUGGAGCAGGAUCCCAACGUGGCUGUGAUUGUACGGAAGCUAGUGAUGAUUUCGCUGAUGGAGAUAUUCAAAGACAUUACGCCAUCUUAUAAAAUCAGGCCUUUAACUGAGAUUGAAAAAAACAUGAAGGUUAGAAAAGAAACUCAGAAAUUAAGAGAAUUUGAAGAAGGCCUUGUCAGCCAGUACAAAUUUUAUUUAGAAAAUCUGGAGCAAUGUGUAAAAGACUGGAAGCAAAGGAAGCUGAAGAAAAGCAACGUGAUUUCCUUGAAGGCAUACAAAGGCCUUGCAGAGGUUGCUGUAAAGUGCUUGUCUGAGCUCCUGGUGUCUCUGCCUCACUUCAACUUCCACAAUAACAUUAUUGUACUGAUUGUACCGCUCAUGAACGAUGCUUCAAAACAGAUUUCUGAAAUGUGUUGUGAUGCAGUGAAGAACCUCUUCAAGCAAGAUAAGCUCGGCGUUGCCUCAGUUGGUGUUGUGAAAGUAAUAUCUGGCCUUGUGAAAAGCCGGAAUUAUGAUGUUAGACCUGAGGUUUUAAUGACACUUCUUCAUCUGAGAAUUAAGGACGUAGAAGUAAAAAAGGAUGCAGAAGAUAUUGCACCGAAAAAGAGAUUCAUGUCUUAUAAAGAAAAAAGGAAAAACUUGUCAAGGAUGCAGAGAAAGUGGAAGAAAGCGGAAGAGAAACUGGAGCGAGAACUCCUGGAAGUAGAAGCUUCUGAGAGUACAGAGAAAAAACUAAAACUGCACACAGAAAUCUUGAAUGUUGUAUUUUUAACGUAUUUCCGAAUAUUGAAAAAAGCACAGAAGUCCCCUCUCUUGCCUGCUGUGCUGGAAGGACUUGCGAAAUUUGCUCACCUAAUAAACUUGGAAUUUUUUGAUGACCUUUUGGUUGUUCUGCAUUCUCUUCUUAUGUCUGAGGUGCUGACUUACAGAGAGAGCCUGCACUGUAUUCUUUCAGCUUUUCACAUUUUGUCUGGCCAAGGUGAUGUUCUUAAUAUCGACCCUUUGAAGUUCUACACGCACAUUUACAAGACCCUAUUUAAGCUGCAUGCAGGAGCAACCAAUGAAGAUGUAGCAAUAGUCCUACAGUGCCUUGAUGUGAUGCUCACCAAGCGCAGGAAACAGGUAUCCCAGCAGAGGGCGCUGGCUUUCAUAAAACGCCUCUCCACACUGGCUCUCCAUGUCCUUCCAAACUCCAGCAUUGGCAUCUUAGCAACCAACAGAACUUUAAUGCAUAAUUUCCCAAAGACAGACCUGCUGCUAGACAAUGAGUCUCAAGGGAGUGGACUUUACCUGCCGGAGCUGGAAGAACCAGAAUAUUGCAAUGCUCAGAAUACUGCAUUGUGGGAAUUGCACAUUCUGCGGAGGCACUAUCAUCCAGUUGUACAGAAAUUUGCAGCCCAUCUGGUUGCCGGUUCCCCGUCCGAAGGAUCAGGAGCUCUUGGGCCUGAACUGAGCCGGAGGUCACCUUCAGAACUUUUUGAGGCCUACAGUAUGAAAGAAAUGACUUUCAACCCUCAAAUUGCAUCAGUUACACCAAGGAAAAAGGGUGGAAUUUUGCGAACGGAGUCCUUUCUAAACGAAGACUUGAGAGAACUGUUUCAUACUGAACUUCGGAAGGCUGCUGUCCAAGGAACCCUGGAUUUUGCUAAACACUUAAAUGCAUCAGUUUCAUAAAUCUUUCUGGUCUUUUCAAAAGAAUAAAAUAUUUAUAUAUGUAUGUAUGCAUGUAUGUGUGUGUGUGUGCGUAUAUAUAAAGAGAGAGAGAGAGAAUAGGAUUGAAGAAACAUGAAGAUGUGGCAUUGUGUCGUUCCCAAAACUCAAUUGUGACUGUUUCUUGGGUGUUCAGAAAUGGCUGAUUCCAUAUUAUUUAGGGGAGUUAUGCAUAAUAUUGUACUAUAUCAUCAAAUUAACAGAAAUUGGUUAAUGUAAAAUAAAUAGCUUAUUUUUAAAAGUCUGGAUUAAUAUUUCUGUGGGGUUUUUUUGUAUCCCAGAGUGUCUAAUGCAAAGUGUAAUCAGUUGAUAAAAACUAGUACAAGGGUACCCAGUCAUGUACAAUAACAUCCCAUCACUAUGCAGAUCUUCCUCAUUCCACCACUGAGUUGCAUGGUACCGUGUUUCCCCGAAAAUAAGACAGCUUCUUAUAUUAAUUCCGUUCUUUUUUAAUGAGCCUAAUUGUGUAAAAAAAAUUUUUUUUCUACUUUUUCUCUUUUAAUUAUGCCAAUAAAAAGGUUGAUGAAUGAAUUAUU